CACUUCCCUCCUCAUCUGUAAAAUGGGCAUGAUCAUAACCGCAGGGUCUGCCUCAAGGGGCUUGGGUGGGGGCAGUGGAUGUAGGGGACUGGUCUGCGAAGAAGGAAGAUGUGGCUCCGGCAGCACAGCCCAUCUGAGCCUCAGUGUCCCCAUCUGUAAAGUCAGGAGAAUAAGAGCCUUCUCCUCAUCAUGCUGUUGUGAGGGCUGGGUGGAAUAGUGAACAGAGGAAAGCUGCCAUCGGUGUGAGAGCCCCGGGCCCCUCUUUUAAGACCAUGCAAGAGAGUUUGGAACUGCAGUGAUGGAGGAAGCUUCCACAACUGUAAUCCCCACCUUGGAACCAAAAAUAAAGUGUCUGCCUCCCUAGGGUUGGUCCCUCCAAAGGGAGGAUUCCCUCCCCACCUCUUGCUGGAUGGCGAGUCCUCUGAUUUCCCAGUACCUGCCUCCUGACAUCGACCCCACCAAAGCUUCCAUCGCCUAUGGACGACGGGCCCUGCCUAAGCUGAACGAGGAGCUGCAGUCCCCGGAUCUGCUGACCCGGCAGAGGGCCCUGAUGGCCCUGUGUGACCUGGUGCAUGAUCCUGAGCAUGCGUAUCAAGCCAUCGGCAUAGGGUUUCUGGACACUUUGAAAUGUCUACUGAAAGACCCGGACAGCACCGUGCGGCAAAAAACAAUCGAAGUUUUUAACACCAUGGCUAAUCACAGUGUGGGCAGAGAAGGCUUUUUAAAGCAUGGUGUCAUCCUUGCGCUCUCCCAGAUUCUGGACGACCCCGUGUUGCUGUGCCGCAGAUUCUUGCACCAGACCUUCAAGAACGUGGCCCAGGUGCCCACAGUGUUGUUGCUGUACUCAUCUUGGGAUCCCAGGCUCAGGUCGAAUGCUCCUCUCCCCUCCGGGAGGCCUUUCUUGAGCCGCCUCCUCCUCCAGGGACAGUGGUUAUCAGCACUGUGGUUAUUCUGCCAGAAGCUGAGUGAGAAGUCUCUGUGGAUGCAGAUCGGCAUCUUUCUCUGGAGAGGGAGUCCCAGGGACUCAUGCGGCCUGCAGGGAGCGAGCCUGCCGCCUGCAGUUGGAUUUUCCCAUUCUGCCUCAGCUUUUCCUCCCCGGCCUCCGCUGAGCUCCCUGAGGGCACAAGGGUUUGAUGGCGUUCUUUGUCUUCCAGCACCGAAGCAGAGGGUCCGCAGUCACAGCAGGGGCCCUUGGACUCUGGGGCUCUGGCUGCCCUUCUGCCCUCCUGACACCAGGAGACACCUCCAGGGCUUUGAAGGCAGCGCCUUUGGAACCAGCAGAAAAGGCUACCAGGCCAAACCCGGGGAAGGUCGCGAGCUUGCUGCCUGUGGCCUGCCUGGCCAAGAAGUGCCCCUCCCCAGGCUGGCUGCAGGGGCUGAAUUGUUUCUGGGCACAGGGGCGGACGCGAUCAUCCAGAAGGGCCUGAUCCCCUCUCUGGUGAACAAGGUGAAGGACGAAGAUGAGGAGAUUCAAGAGCUCAUCUUGGACACGCUUUACUUCUGCCUGCGAUGGGACGCGUCCCCGGCCCUGCAGAGCAAGGCGGUGCCAAUCCUUCGGGAAAAGCUCAGCGACCCCAACGAGAAUAUCCGCAGCAAAGCGGCCCACGCCUUGAUGGCCAUCUGCAUGCCACGGGAGGGGAAGAACCAAGUGUGGGAUUAUGGCGUCAUCCCCCUGCUGGUGUUGCUUCUGGAUGACUUCAGCAUAGAUGUGAAGGCCAAUGCUGCCGGGGCACUGAUGUUUGCAGCGGUGACUACUGCAGGCAAAUAUGCUGCCCUGGAUGCAGGGGCGAUCCCAGCCCUGCUGGAAUUGUUGGAGAUCAAUGUGGUCAAGAUGCGCUUGAAUGCCAUCAAAGCGCUCACCAUGUUGGCUGAGGCACCCGAGGGCCGGCGAGACCUGCUCCCAGAAGUGUACAGAUUCAAGGCGCUGAUCAGUGACCCAAUCCUGGCUGUGAGCCGGGCAGCCGAGAUUGCCACCAAGGUCAUCGAGUGGAAGCCCUGAAGUCACAGCCCCCCAGGAGGACAGACCUAUGAGCUGGGCCAGGCCCUGUCCUUGACACCCCUAAUAAUGAUCAUGAAUGUCUAA